AUGACUACAACAUCUCAAGUUGGGACUACAACAGUGCCCCAGCCCGCUAGUUUGCACGAAGAGCAUGAGAAAGAUGCCUCACCUUCAGCCUCUAGAGGCAACGAGUACGCAGAUUCCGAGGAGAACUAUAAGCCCAAAACGCUCAAGUUUUGGCUUGUCAUCAUCUCGAUCUAUCUGGCCUUCUUCCUUGUCGCUCUCGACCGCAUGAUCAUUGCUACUGCUAUACCAGCAAUCACAAACACCUACGGCACUAUCGCGGAUAUAGGCUGGUAUGGUAGUGGCUAUAUGCUUACGUGCGCAAUCUUCAAUCCACUCUUCGGCAAAAUUUACCAGCUUUACGAUACUAAAUCGACGUUCUUGGUGUCUGUCUUCCUGUUCGAAGUUGGCAGUGCAUUAUGUGGGGCCGCAGCUACUUCUGUUGUUCUCAUCAUCGGUCGCGCAAUCGCAGGUAUUGGAGCAGCUGGACUUCAAUCUGGUGCGGUCAUGAUCAUCGUACCUCUCGUGCCAUUGCGAAGGCGACCCAUUUUCACUUCUUUUCUCGGUCUCGCAUUUGGAGUGUCAUCUGUAUUGGGGCCCUUCGUUGGAGGUACCUUCACGGACAGCCCGACCUUGACGUGGAGGUGGUGCUUCUACAUAAACCUCCCCAUCGGUGCCUUGACGUUCGCGUGCAUAUUCUUCUUUCUGGAUCUCCCUUCAACGCCUAAAGAGAAGCUGUCCAUUCUCGCUCAGCUCAAGCGCCUCGACCCAAUAGGUCUUCUCUUCUUCGUACCAUCCAUGGUAUGCCUUAUCCUCGCUCUUCAGUGGGGAGGUACGACCGAUCCCUGGUCGGCACCGAAAAUCAUCGGCCUGCUCGUCACAUUUGCAAUUACUUUCAUCGCAUUCCUGGUUGUGGAGUUUACGAUGCCGGAUACAGCCAUGGCCCCGCCUCGGGUCAUCUUGAACCGUUCGAUGGGCGGUGCUAUGCUAUUCAUCUUUCUCCUCGCCGGCGGUAUGAUGAACGCUGUAUACUAUAUCGCCAUUUGGUUCCAGGCAGCCCAGGGCCAGUCUGCCAUGCAGGCUGGUGUACGCACGAUACCGUUGUGCACAUCGCUUAUUAUCUCCGGCAUUAUCACAGCAGUGAUAACUCAGAAGAUGGGAUAUUAUGUCCCUGCUAUGCUCCUUUCGGCCGUUGUCGCAUCAAUCGCCAGUGGCCUCCUUUCUACACUUACGCCGGAGUCGAGCGCUGGCGAAUGGAUUGGUUAUCAGAUCUUCUACGGGUGCGGGCUUGGCUUUGGGCUUCAAACAUCGAACUUGGUGCCGCAGACUAUCCUGCCGCGCUCAGAUGUUUCCCUAGGCAUGGCGAUGAUGUUCUUCCUAAAUCAACAGGGUGGUGCCAUCUUCCUUGCUGUUGGACAAAAUCUUUUCUCGACUCAGCUCGUCAAGCAACUAUCGGGCAACUCCAACCUUGACACUAGACUCAUCAUCAACACCGGUGCAACAGACCUCCGAAAAGUGGUAGCGGCGAACGAGAUCGAUACGGUGGUAUCGGCGUACAGCUACUCGAUAACUCGGACGUUCCUGCUAGCAGCAGCACUCAGCGCUUGCACCAUCAUUGGAGCGUUGAUGGUGGAAUGGAGGAGCAUCAAAGAACGUGCGGGAAAGCCAGCAAAACAAGUGACAAAAGAUGUCGAGAAAGAGGCUGCUUGA